GAGAGAGAGAGAGCGAGAGAGAGAGAGAGAGAGAGAGAGCGAGAGAGAGAGAGAGAGGGUCAGAAGAAGACUAGGGAAGAAGACUCUUCCAGUUGACAAAGCCCUUGUUUGGAGAGUUUGAAGAGAAAAAAAAACACAGAAGAAGAAAGAAAGAAACUGGGGGGGGCAGACGCCUACACAGAGAAGAGAGAAGCUUGAAACAGCUGCAGAGAACCAACGGAGAGGAGUGCUGCAAGUACAAAUCAGACGAGGAGAGAAAAGGGGUAACAAAAGCAGUGGAAAAAAGACGGUUGAAGAGACAAUAGUGGAGCGAGGUUCGAGAGCGAGAGCCAAGCUGCAGCCAGUCACUAAAGCCAGUGGAAUGGACCUCGAUGUCGGUCGGAUUAACCCACGCCUGCCCACCGUGGACUCCGAGGAGGAAAGCUAAACCAACUGACCUCCACCCCCAAAACCUCAAUGAGGAUUAAGCUAACAACAUGAGCUGAGCUAACAACACAACAAUAUGCUGAGCUAACAACACAUUCCUGUUUUUCUUCAGCAGUGUUACUGCCUGGGGUUAGCAUUAGCCGCUAGCUGACUGGCAGUAGAAGAGGAGGAGAGCAGGGGGGGGCCCCGAGCACCGCUGGUGUUGCUGCCCAGGAGAGGCAGGGCAGCGCAGGAGAGGAGCAGAGGGACGAGGAGAGGGAGGUGGGGGAGGGAGAGGUGGCAGGCGGGCAGCGGCACAUGGCCGUGCAGCGGCUGGUGGCGGCAGCAGUGGCGGUGGCCCUGCUGUCCCUGGUCCUCAACAACGUGGCGGCCUUCACCCCCAGCUGGGUGCUGCAGGCCCUGGAGGAUGGACGCAAGCGCAGCGUGGGGCUGUGGAGGAUGUGUCCCGUCAUGACUGGAGGAGAGAGUGGCCGGGAUGAACCUGGGGAUGGGGGGUCCAAUAGGAGAGGUCAGGGGACUCAGAGGCCGUGUGAGGGCUUGGGCUGGGGCUCGGAGUAUGCAGGCUACCAGGAGUCCCGCAGCACCGUCAAAUUGCAGUUUGACAUGAUGCGAGCGUGUAACCUGAUGGCUACGGUGGCGCUGACGGCCGGGCAGCUCAUCUUCCUGCUGGGCCUGAUGGAGCUGCCCUUCAUCACCCAGGACUCCCAGUGGUGGGAGGAGGCCAUCGCCGCACUGUUCCAGCUGGCCAGUUUUGUGCUGGUGAUCGGCUUGGUGACGUUCUACCGGAUCGGUCCGUACACACACCUGUCCUACUCGUGCUACGUGGACAUCGCCGCCUGCUUAUUGGCCACACUGGCCGCUGCCAUGCUCAUCUGGAACAUCCUGCAUCGCCGCGACGACUGCCUCACACCCCGCGUCAUUGUCAUCAGCCGCUCGCUGGCGUCGAACUUCCACCCACGCCUCGACAACGACUAUGUGGAGUCGCCCUGCUGAACCCGGACUCUUGAACCUAACAGGGUGAAGAAUAGACAAUGCUCUGACAGUCUCUGCAUAUUCUCACCCGAACAGGUGCCUCAAUAAAUUACUCUACAGAAGACACUUGUUUUGUCGUAGCUCUACCAGUGCUGAACUAACAUGCUUUCACUGCUCUCACUUGAUGGCUAUCAUGUACAAUGACUUAUGGAACUCAAAUGUUGCACUGGACUGAGUAACGCUCCAUAAAACAUCCAGCUAACACAUCUCUAAAUGUCCAAAAAAUUAUGCGUGAUACACUACAUGGCCAAAAGUAUUUGGACACCUGCUCGUCGAACAUCUCAUUCCAAAAUCAUGGGCAUUAAU